CUGACUGACAUCACUGAGGCUCACUCAACUGCUCUCAGACAUCUUCGAAGAACUGACUGCCUUGUAGUGAUAUGGAUUUCUUACAACGGCCACACAGAAUCAUUGAUAAAUCAGCUGUGAGGGACAAACAGCAGGACGACUCAGCAGCAGGCAGAGACAGAAGACAGACACCUGCAGAUUUCAGCAACAUCUACAGCAAAGACCUGCUCCCAGCUUCACAUGGUGAGGAGUUGACCAGAGGGUUUCUGCAGGAGCUGGUCAACAUCUUGUUGGAAUAUAUCUGCAAGUCAAAUCAGAGGAGCUCCAAGGUCCUGGACUUCCACCAUCCUCACCAGCUGAAGGAGGGACUGGAGGGCUUCAGUCUCAACCUGCCGGACCAACCAGAAACUCUGGAACAGUUACUAGUGGACUGCAGAGACACACUCAAAUAUGGUGUCAGUACAGGCCAUCCCCGUUUCUUUAACCAGCUGUCUUCAGGUUUGGAUGUGAUUGGUGUAGCUGGCGAGUGGCUGACCUCCACUGCCAACACUAAUAUGUUUACAUAUGAAGUGUCUCCCGUUUUCAUCCUCAUGGAGGAGGUUCUGCUGAGAAAGAUGCAGAGCAUUGUGGGGUGGUCUGACGAAGAAGGAGAUGGAAUCUUCUGUCCAGGAGGCACAAUAUCCAACCUGUACAGCAUCCUGGUGGCCAGGUAUCACUUCUAUCCGGAGGUGAAGACCAGAGGGAUGGGAGCUCUGCCUCAGCUAGCCCUCUUCACUUCAGAACAUAGUCACUAUUCAGUAAAGAAAUCUGCAGCUGUGCUGGGGCUGGGCAGCGAGAAUGUGGUCACGGUGAAAUGUGAUGAAAGAGGGAAAAUGAUACCUGCUGAACUGGAGUCUGCCAUUGUUACAGCUGAGGAAAAGGGUUUGGUUCCAUUCUACGUGAAUGCGACAGCAGGUACCACUGUGUACGGGGCCUUCGAUCCUCUCGAUGACGUCGCAGAUAUCUGCAAUCGACACACACUGUGGAUGCACGUUGAUGCAGCGUGGGGUGGAGGCCUGCUGAUGUCAGACAGACACAGGAUGAAACUACAGGGCAUUGAACGAGCCUGGUCUGUAACAUGGAAUCCUCAUAAGAUGAUGGGUGUCCCUCUGCAGUGCUCUGUCAUACUGGUCAAGAAGAAAGGUCUCUUAAAGGAGUGUAAUGAGAUGGGGGCUGAGUACCUUUUCCAGACGGACAAACCCUACGAUGUGAGCUAUGAUACCGGGGAUAAGAGCAUCCAGUGCGGCCGGCAUGUGGAUGCCUUUAAACUUUGGCUCAUGUGGAAGGCAAAGGGCUCAGAGGGUUUUGGAGCUCAGGUCGACAAAUGCUUAGAGAAUGCCGAGUAUCUGUAUGAUCAGCUGCAGAGGAGGGCCGGCUUUGAACUGGUCUUCAAAAACAAACCAGAGCACUGUAAUGUGUGUUUUUGGUACACUCCUCCCAGUCUGAGAGGCCUGCCACCUGGAGAGGACAGAGACACAAGACUCCAUCAGGUGGCUCCUCAGAUCAAAGGCAAGAUGAUGGAGAAAGGCUCUGUUCUGAUUGGCUAUCAGCCUUUUGGAGCCAAAGUCAAUUUCUUCAGGUGCGUGUUCUCCAAUCCUGCCACACAGCAUGAAGACAUUGACUUCCUGCUGGAGGAGAUCAUCUGGCUCAGCCAUGACCUGUGACCUGAUAUACAGGUCUGGUCUCACUCCAGUUCAUACAUCUGACUACAAGGCCAUCAUUUUACCAUGAGCAGUCAUUGUAUCCAGCCCGGGUGUACAGUUACAGCCUCUGUUCAAUAUUACAGCUUUUGAUCAUCUUACAGCAUUACUAUCUACAACAUGUAGGCCCCCCAUUUUUCCAACAUUAAGAAGCAAGGUGGACUUCUGGCCAUCUGCUCUGCUAAUAAUGUUUAAACGCAUGUUAGAUAUGAUAGUCCAUUUUAUUAGAUCACCUGUGGAAUUGCUAUGGGAAAGAGGUCUUUACUGCAAACAAACAUCAGCAGUCACUGUAUAAUGCUGCUGACAUUUUGGAGUGUACUGUAUACUUUAGGCAUUUUUAAGCACUACAGUUCAAAGAGUACAAACAGCUGU